UCAAACAUUGAAAAUAUCGAUUGAAUCCGAAUCGAAAUUCUCUGCUUCGUACUUCUAACAUAAUAGGCUCCUAAAACUUUAGUUAUUUCAGCUCACUUUACAUAGAACGACGCCAACCAUCGUAAAACGCGCGCAUAUCAAGAAGGGUAGGAAAGGACAACAAAAGGAAAGGAAGGACAAUCGAAGCUAAAGAUUUUGACCAGCUGCCCACAGACGCCGACAAGAAAAUUGCAAAAUGGAUGACUCACGCGAAGAAAGCCAGUUUAUUGUCGACGAUGUCAGCAAGACGAUUAAGGAGGCCAUCGAAACCACCAUCGGCGGCAAUGCCUACAUGCACGACAAGGUUAACAACUGGACCGGCCAGGUAGUGGAGAACUGCCUCACCGUGCUAACCAAGGAGCAGAAGCCGUACAAGUACAUCGUUACCGCCAUGAUCAUGCAAAAGAACGGUGCCGGCCUGCAUACAGCCAGCUCCUGCUACUGGAACAACGAUACCGAUGGAUCCUGCACGGUGCGCUGGGAAAACAAGACCAUGUACUGCAUCGUUUCGGUUUUCGGACUGGCCGUUUAAAAGGAAACAUGUCAGCAUCGAAAAUAACUAUAAGGGGGAGG